AUGUGUGAUGUCAUAUUAUUGGACUAUGGUUUAAAUGUCUCUGAAGUUCAAUAUAGAAAACCAGUAUUUACAGAUUUAAAAACUGGUGACUUUCUAUUGGUACAAUUUAUUGGUGGUAAUAGAAAAAAAACCAAAUUUUCAUACAUAUGUUGUGUGAACCGUAUGGAUGAAAAUCAAGAUGGGUGUAUACUUGUACAGGGCUUACAAAAAGAAAAUUAUCAAAAUACCCAAUUUUCUAUAAAAGAAAAUGACUUAUCGAAUGUUACCAUUGAUAUGAUUUUAGCUAUUCUACCAGAACCAAAACUUAUUCAGUGCAAUAGAAAAUGUAUUUAUGAAUUUCCUUUGAGUGUUGAUGUAAAAGAAAAGUAA